AGGUUUUCCAGCGACGGCGUACGGACCUGUGGCAGCAGCAGUGGCAGCAGCGAGAAACUCAGGCUUCCCCGAUUACGGGUUUUACUCUGCGCCCAGCGACCACCGGGGGGCGCCCUGCUCGUUUGCAGACUAUGGUUCCCUGGGGCCCCCGGGGGCCCAGAUGCUGCACGGCGAGCAGGCCACGCCCGCCUGCAGCUCCCCCCUCCAGCACCUACACAGCCCGGAUCAGUUUAAGAGCCCAGGGAGCAACCCCCCGCGGCCCGGAGGCUUCCCUGGCGCUAACAGCCCCGGGCCGGUGACAGACCUGUAUGGGCCUGGCAGCCAGGACUCUGCUGUGGGGAACUACAUCAGCGCUGCCAGCCCCCAGCCUGGGUCUGGGUUCGGACACAGCCUCGCCAGUCUGGCAGGUGGUCCGGGGAAGACAGGCCGGAGUUUCUGAUUGGCUCUGUGUGCAGGUGAUGUCAUCAAACCUCAAGCACUACAGCAUCACCUAGACUUAAAGACAGAGAUGGAACCACAGAACAAAAGAAAAGUAAAAAUCAUCUCAGAAAAAAACAACUGCUGUACCAUAAUCCAAGCCUGGAUUGUUUUGAUGUUUCCUGUUGAUUUCAUUCACCUUCCUUUUGAGUGUUGAAUUAGUUUUAAAAGAGUCAUUUUAGUUUUAUCAUAAUUAUUUGUGUUGAUUUUAUUUAACCUUUUAGUGUACUCAUGUAAACUGAUUGUGUUUCUCUCUUGAGGGGGGGGGGGGGUCAUUGCUGAGGUGGUUUGAAAAGUUGUGUCUUCACAAUUGGUACCAAUCGUAAGAGGAAGAAAUAAGAUCAGAGUUUCAGAGUGUCGUUUUGCACACAAAAGAAAUCCAAAGUGGAAAGGCUUGGUGAAAAAAAAGAACAUUUCAGAAAUAGAAGAUUAGGGAGGGUAGCUAAUGAAUCUUAGUAGCUGUUUUUAAUUCUUGUGAUGUCUCAUUGUUAACCAUAAUUACCUAUUUUUGGGCAAUACGAAGAGGACUCCAAUAUUUUUAUGGUCCUUUUUUAUAAGUGUCGUUUUGUUGUUUAGAAAAAUUGUAUUCUAUAACAAAUUUCAUAUAAUUACAUUGUGAAUUUAAACUUAAGAAAAAAAAAUUACUGUACAUAUUGUUCCAGUCACUGCAUAUAACCAACUCAAUGAGAGAAUAGCAUAUUUUUGUGAUGGUGUGUCAAAGAAAAUGUUAUAGCGUGUGAAUAGAAAAGAAGCUCUAAACAACUAUUAUUACUAUUAUUCUUUGUUCUUUACUGACUGGAGACAUUGACGACCCCAGUAACAAACAGAACAUAUUUGAACACCGACAGGAUGGCUUGCUCUGUAAAUACUGAAGCUGAAUAACAAGUGUCAUACCAGCAUAUUUACAAAUGGUGAGUUCAGCGCACAGUUUUGAGAAAUAAAAAAAGAUCGUUGAUUGUUAUCUUUUGUCUAACCAACUCUUGUUUAAAGACAGCAGUAUCAUUUCGUAAAGAGUGAUCAAUUUAAUCCAAAACACACUGUUCUUACUUAGUGAUGAAGAUUAGAAGUCUAGCCCAGGCCAGUGCUCUGAACACCCUGGCACUUUUACACUCCUGAGAGAAGACACAACUUGUCGUUUGUCGUUUGUUGGUGUUUGAUUCCUCCUGCUUGUUCCUUGUCAGAAACACGUGCUCUCUCUCUCUGUGGGAAAGCCUGUUUGUUGUGACGUUUAGUCUCUCAGUCAACUACUCUUAUAAAUUAAUUAGGAAUGUUACCAUUUUGAUACCAUACCUCAGUCCUGUGAGUUCAAAUGUGGAAUUGUUUAAUUUAUUUUUGCGGGAAAUAGAUGAAAAAUUUGAAAGGAAUAAUAAUAAAUCAUUGCACUGUGAGCAGAAGAGAAAGAACAGUCUCCUAUUUGCACAUGUAUAUGUGGGCUAUUUAAGACGGCCUAUUGUUUGGUUGAAGAAUGAAGGAUUAUUGGAUGCGUCUCCUAGACUAGACAAACGUUCAGAGGUGAAUAUACGGCUUGGCAAAUAGUGAUUGAUUGAAAUCCGUUUGACCGGUCAUGUCUUUGGAUUUCUUUGUUUGGUGUAAGCCAACCUCUGGUCUAGGAUGUGCAGGAUCGUUUAGAUACAGCCAAUAGAAUAACACUGAAUAGAUGAAUCCUCCAGCAUCUGAACUAAUCUCUCAUUCAGAACGUGUGGUGAGGGUUUUGCUCAGACAGACACAUGUACUCAGAUGUGCAGGAAGAUUUGGGAGCAGGGUGACAGUACGGUUUUUGUGUGAUAGAUUUUGAUGUAAUAUUUUUUCUCCUGCGAGUUUUGGUUAUUCUAGUUUUAUCUGAUUUGUGUCACUUUUUUGUAGCUCUUUUGUUCAGAACAACCAGGUGAAGAAUAAUGCUGGAUGCUUUUACAGUAAAUGAUAUGGAGGAUUGAGUGAUGAUUUAAACAAGACUACAGACUAAAAAAACAAAAAAACAUUGUAAUGUUCAGAUGUAAAAGAAAAAGAAAUACAAAACUAUAAAAAGAAAAAAUGCUUCCUCGCUGAUUUCAAUUUUGAAUCAGGGGAUUUUAUUGAUAUUUUUGUGGUUAAUAUUGAUAAUUGUAAUAUUAUAUUAUUAAAAUGUACUGUGCAUCCAUUGAUUUCUCUCCUUCCAUUCCCUAUCACCACAUACACUUUUGUGUUAAUCAUUCAUUUACUUCAGUAGUGUGUAAAAAUAAUCACAAUUAACUUGUAACAGAGUGCUGUCUUUGAUAACACUGUAGUGGUCUAUGCUCUUAGUCAUUUCCUCUGGUCGGCCUCUCAUUUCUCAUUAUCUUUCCUCUCUCUCUCUACAUCAUCUCUCUCCUACAUCUCCUGUGAUUAGUAGUAGAUGUUAUGUAAUUAAUAUAAUACUUUUAGUAGUUAAUAGUAGAUGUAGGAACAGUAAGGGUAGAUCUUUCUCUAAUUAUCGAAGUCUGACAUACAUUUGCAAACAGUUUUUAAUAGCAGUUCCAUGACCUGUCUCUUCAGUUUGUGUUUUAUUUAUUUUUUGUUUGUUUUACCAAUUUCACCUGGUUUCAACUAACCAAAGCUCUCACUGAAGAACUACAGAGAACUUAUCUGCUGUAAGAUGGAAUUUUCCACAAGGCAUUAUUUGGAGCCUCACCCUUGAAUGUUAUAAAAGGGGAUUUGCCAUACUACCUUAAAAGCUAAUGCUAGAUAUGCAAAACUUUUACUUUGAUUACUUUCGUAACAGGGACACAAGCUAUAAUUAAGAUUUUAUGUGAAAGAAAAAAUCUUAUUUUUUUAGGAAGUUAUAACAUAUUAAUUAUGAUUACAUAAUAAUAAUCUUAAUACUAAAUGAUAAACUGUAAUAUAUUUUAAUGUUUGUAAACUUGAAAAUAUCCCUGAUGCUUACAGACACUGCUAUUUUUGGAUAAAGUCUACUUACUGCUCAGAGCAGUGCCGUGUCAUUGCAAUGGUCUGGUCACUCCUCUUCUGACUAAAAUAAAAGUUAGUUGUUAUAUGACGUAGUUCACCCCUUUAUAUCUGAUUAAAUCUAUUAUGAAGAUUUGAUCCCAUAGCAUGGACUUUAAGGUAGCAUGGCUCUGUUGCAGUAAUUCUAUUUUUCAUUGACAGCAGUUUACAGCUGAUGAAUGUCACACAUCUUACUAGACUAGCGAAUCCAUUGGACAAAACAAUGUUGGUUUAAGAAAAAGAAAAGAAUAAACAACCUGGAAGGUGAUAUUUGGAGUUUACUACCGUAUCCAUUUAAACUUGAAUCUUGAGGCAAGUGCUCGGCAAUGGCCAAACAUUUCACCCCAUUCAACCAUGGAUCACUAUGUCACCCAUGCCUGUUCAUUGUCAUACAUACAUACACAUAUAGUCAUAUGUUCACAUUCUGUUCAAUGUACAGUAGCACCUGUUAUCCCUCAUGUAAACAUGUUUGACUAGGUCAGAGUAGUGAUAUCCCUUUAUUAUUGCCACAGGAAAAUUGACAGAUCUGUACUGUAACCAAACACUGCUCCAUCCUUCGCUGUCCAAACAGUCAACGUUACAGUGAUCUGGUGUGCUCUUUCGGCAUUGCGUCGUGUUUUAAAACCCACACUCGUUCUGGGGCCUCACAUACUCUGACACGCUGACACGGUACGGAUGACUGUUAACGAGAGAGCGAUCCACUGGUCUCCUUUGGGUCUUCUUAAACGAGUCUGUCUGUUGAUCCAUAUCUGUAAUGUGGUCGAGGGCGACAGGGUGGGUGGUGCGAUGGAGAGGGAGCGGUAAGAGGCUGGUAAUGUCCUUCCAUGUGACUUCCACCGUCCUCAGGAGAGGAGCAGCUAGGGACAGUACGCUUCUCUCUGCUAUGGGAUCUUGAUUUGCCUUGCCCAUUCCUAACACUUGCCCAUUUUUUAACGUUAACAGACUUUUUACGGCGAGAGACUGACAGAACUGACUGAAAUCUGAAAGCAUCUUUCAGACGUUCUUGUAUGGCUUUGCUCAAGCCUUGUUGUAAAAUAAACUAAACAUGGAUGGGGGUCUCUCACAUCUCAGAUGUGGAAAGUAUAAUUUUAUAUUUGUAUUUUCAAAUAAUAAUAAUAAUGAUGAAAAAAACAUUUGUGAAAGGUUUCCAUCCUCUGCUGUGGUCCAGAAAUCAAUGUGUUUGUCUGGAAAAAAAAUAUAUAAAAUAAAAUGAACUGUUUUAUUCCUUGCUUUCAUUGUUAAUUUGAUUUGCUUGACUAUUGUAAUACGCAUUUGGUGUGGGAAGAUUGUAUUAUUUCUGUCUCAUUAAAUUUGGUGGUCUCUUAA